AUGGAUCACCCAAAAAACAACAAAGAUAGACGGGGACGCGGCCAUGGUCAAGGCCAAAGUCGCGAUGUCCAAGUCUCCAAAGCAUUAAGCUUGCUUCUACGACAUGCCGCUGAGAAGGAAGGGCUGAAGAUGAACGCACAGGGUUAUGCGAGCGUACCAGACGUGUUAAAUUGGAGGAAACUCAAAUCGCUAAAAGUCACCUUCCCCGAGAUUCUCCACGCCGUGGACUCGUCCGAUAAAAAGCGCUUCGCCCUCCUCCACAUUCCAUCCGCACAACCCACCAAAUCCACAACCCAAGCAACAACAACACCAGUGACUGCCCCUAAUGCAGAGCAAGAUGUCGCUACUAUCGUGGGCGAACAACAGCCCACGAUAUCCGUCCUGGAGUCCGCACCCGCCACGAGCGAAGCCCAAGAAACAGCCACCGACCAAGCAUUAUCCGUGAAAGAUACCGACCCGUCGAACUUUUUAAUUCGCGCGACCCAAGGCCACAGCAUCAAGACCGUAGAUGCUGCCUCUUUCCUCGAGCCGCUUUCUUUGUCCGACGAAUCGAAACUACCCGAUACCGUCGUCCACGGCACGUUCCACGCGACCUGGCCUGCGAUCCUACAAUCUGGUGGACUACGCUGUAUGGGGCGGAACCACAUUCACUUCGCUACUGGCCCGUCAUUAGAAUCGGUGCUUGCUGUUCACACUGAUGAUGCCGCGCGGGGUAAAUCAAAGCCCGACGACUCCCGCGUUAUCUCGGGCAUGCGGCGCGAUGCACAAGUUUUGAUCUAUAUCGAUGUGCGCAAGGCACUGGAAGCAGGGGUACCGUUCUGGCGCAGUGAGAACGGGGUCAUUCUUAGUGAGGGCAUACCUGUCGCGAAGAGUGGGCAAACUGAGAAGGGCGAGGAGCAGAAGUUCGUCUCGCUGGACUUUUUCGAUGUGGUAGUGGAGCGUAAGGUUGGGUUGGGUAAGCUCUGGGAGCACGGGGAGGUUCUACAGGAACUUCCGGAGAAUCUCACGAAGAAAGGGAAUCCCAAGGGCCGGCGAUGA